ACACUUUUCGGCCCAAUGCGCAAAAGGGCGAAAUUAAAAUAUAAAAUUAUUGUUCCACCGUUAUUUUUAAAUUAUUAAUUGGCUCGUAAACUAAACACACAAGAGUACCAACUGCACAUUUAAAUAUUUUUUUACGUGUAUGUAAAAAAAAAUGCACAAAAAAGCUAAACCACAAAAUAUAUAACUGUACCGGUCUAAUGUGCAAAACAACGAAAUUGAAACUUAAAUUUAUUUUUAUUUUGCGUUUUAAUUAAAUUAUUGCUUAAUUUUAAGACUAAAUUAUACGACAGUUUCAAUUAAUUAAUUAAGUAUUUCUCAAUUGCGUGUUUAGAAAAAUGUCCGAAGGGACUAAAACACGAAAAGCCUAAUUAUAAGUGAGGUUAGGUUUUAGAUUUUUAUAAAUUAAUAAAAAGCCAAUAAUACGAUGUUGGAAUCAAUGCAAAACUCUUAAAAACACUGUUUUUGUCAAUGAAGCGCCGAGUUGUGGUCACCGGCAUGGGGGUUAUUUCCCCCGUCGGUCUUAACCUCACUCAGGCUUGGGAGUCGAUAAUUGGGGGCAAAUCGGGCAUUUCCAAGCUCGAGGGGGCUUCGUACGCCCCCUUGCCGUGUCGAAUCGCCGGCACGAUUAAGGAAAACGGGGCCCGGAUUGACCUAUCCUCCCGUUUCAAGAAAACCGAGUUGAAAACCAUGGGGGCUGCUACCGCUUAUGCCCUCCUAGCCGCACAUGAAGCCUUGACUGACUCAGCCCUUGUGAGCCCCCCUGAGGGUGUGAGACUCCGGACCGGCGUGGCCGUCGGUAUGGGGAUGGUCGACUUGGAGGACAUCUGCGAGACUAGUGAAGCCCUCAAGCGGGGCUACAACCAAGUGAGCCCCUUUUUCGUCCCUAGGAUUUUGCCGAACAUGUGCGCGGGUCAGAUUAGCAUCAAGUAUGGUUUCAGGGGGCCCAAUCAUGCCGUUUCAACGGCGUGUGCCACGGGGGCUCACGCCAUCGGAGACUCCUUCCGGUUUAUCAGACAUGGGGACGCGGACGUGAUGGUGUGUGGGGGCGCCGAGGCGUGCAUUUCGCCCCUUGCCAUCGCGGCAUUUUGCCGGUUGAGGGCUCUCAGUACUGGGUUCAACGACAGCCCCGAAAAGGGGUCCCGGCCGUUUGAUAAGUCUCGCGACGGGUUUGUGAUGGGGGAAGGGAGUGCGAUCCUAGUUUUGGAGGAGUUGGGACACGCCAAAGACAGGGGGGCUAAAAUCUAUGCGGAAAUUUUGGGGUAUGGGCUAUCAGGGGAUGCUUCGCAUUUGACAGCGCCGAGGCCUGAUGGUACGGGGGCUAUUUUGGCCAUGAGUAGGGCUGUGGGGGAUGCUGGGGUGGAGUUGGGGGCUGUGGGGUACAUCAACGCUCAUGCGACUUCGACCCCCAUUGGGGAUGCGAUUGAGACAACCGCGAUUAAAACCUUGUUUGGGGAUUUGUGUCAGAAUUUAGCUGUGUCGUCGACUAAGGGGGCUCAUGGACACUUAUUGGGGGCUGCUGGGAACCUCGAAACUGUCUUCACGGUUAAAGCGGUCCAAGAAGGGGUCCUCCCGCCUACUAUUAACCUGGAAAAUUGUGAAGAGACUUUGAAUUUUGUACCAAAUAAGAGCCAAGUUUGGGCCCCCAUAAACCAAAAAGUGGCUCUCAAAAACGCCUUUGGCUUUGGGGGGACCAACGCCUGUCUUUGUAUCGCACAAUUUGUAAAUUAAAAAUUAGGAAUAAUACAGGGUGAUUAAAAUAAACAGUAGGUGCUAUGGAA